AGAUCAGAAGGUCUCUUUCUAUUGGGAAAUACUAUCAUUGGCAACUGAAGAUUAAACACAAUCUGUACUAUGCCUCUUUUUGGCUGGAUGAAAUGGCCAAAAUCAGAAACAGACCAACCGGAGCAGAAGUUGUCAGAAGUGCCCACCAAGACUUUAAUGAGAGAAAUAUUGUGGCACGUUGAGGAAAGGGAGAGGAUGGUUAGAGAGAUGGAGAGGGAUCAAAGGAUUCCAUAUAGUGGUAUAGAUUAUUGUUGGUCACACAGCUAUGAAAGUCUCAAGGACCUCAUCCCACCUUCUGAACAGAGGCAAUUAGAACAACUUUGCUCACAAAUACAACCGAAACAUAUUGCUACUGUGUUGACAAGGUUUCGAGAUGCUCUAGUGGAUAGUGAUAUAUUGCCUUGGGAGUUGGUGUAUGAAUUCAAACAAGUCUUAAAGGAAUUCAUUAGUAAAAAAGGAGACGAGAAGCAACAAAUAAAGAUGAUGGAAUCUUGGUCAAACAGGCACCAAAUCAAACAGUGCUCUAUUACUUCUAGUGCCUCCGACUGCUCUGACACCUUCAAGGAAGAGAUCCCUACCAUUUCCAGCUAUGUUGAUAAAAGCAUGAGAGAUGCAUGUCAAUACCUCCCACAAAGGAUAUGGGAUUUACCAUACUAUCAUCCUUCUAAGUGUACCUGUUCUGAUGAUUAUAGCACAAUACUAUAA